GCCACAGAAGAAAGAGGAGGCGCAGAAUCCUAACGAGACUUCAGCUAUCUUUAUUUUUUUAACGAUUAUUGUUGUUUAAAUUGACAUAUCUACCACGCGCCUGGGCCAGUCUACCGGCACACUUUACCCCCGCUCUGGCACAUUUGCAACCCGAAAUGAGCGGCAGCGGGCGGCCCAGGACUAGCUCGUUUGCUGAGCCUCCGGGGGUUCCGGGAGCCGCUGCAGCCGCCGCCGGAUCAGCCGUCGCCGGUGGAAGCUCAUCAGGAAAGACGGGGGGCGCGCAGGCCUCAGGCGGGAGUUCGUCUGGUUUCGGAAACCUAAAGCUGGGCAGGGACAGUGGGAAAGUGACGACAGUAGUAGCCACACCAGGGCAGGGUCCCGACCGUCCUCAGGAGGUUUCGUACACGGACAUCAAGGUGAUCGGGAAUGGCUCAUUCGGAGUGGUUUAUCAGGCUCGGCUCAUCGACAGCCAGGAGAUGGUGGCCAUAAAGAAGGUGCUUCAGGAUAAGAGGUUUAAGAACCGUGAGCUACAGAUAAUGAGGAAGUUGGACCACUGUAAUAUUGUCAGGCUACGCUACUUCUUCUACUCCAGUGGAGAAAAGAAAGAUGAAGUGUAUCUAAAUUUGGUGCUUGAUUUUGUACCAGAAACCGUGUACAGGGUGGCACGCCACUUCAACAAGUCCAAAACCACCAUCCCCAUUAUCUAUGUCAAAGUGUAUAUGUAUCAGUUAUUUCGCAGUCUGGCGUAUAUUCAUUCCCAAGGCGUCUGCCAUAGAGACAUCAAGCCACAGAAUCUCCUGGUGGACCCAGACACAGCUGUACUCAAACUGUGUGACUUUGGCAGUGCAAAGCAGUUAGUUCGUGGAGAGCCAAAUGUGUCAUACAUCUGUUCCCGGUAUUACCGUGCUCCUGAGCUAAUAUUCGGAGCCACGGAUUACACAUCCAACAUUGAUAUCUGGUCAGCCGGCUGUGUAUUAGCGGAGCUGCUUCUGGGACAGCCCAUAUUCCCCGGUGACAGUGGAGUGGACCAGUUAGUGGAGAUCAUCAAGGUUUUGGGGACCCCCACAAGAGAACAGAUCCGAGAGAUGAACCCCAACUACACAGAGUUUAAAUUCCCACAGAUCAAAGCACACCCUUGGACAAAGGUGUUUAAGCCGAGGACUCCUCCAGAAGCCAUCUCGUUGUGUUCUCGUCUGCUGGAGUACACGCCGGUGACGCGGCUCUCUCCGCUGGAGGCCUGCGCACACGCCUUCUUUGAUGAGCUGCGCCAGCCCAAUGCCCGUCUGCCUAAUGGCCGAGAACUUCCCCAGCUCUUCAACUUCAGCCCUGUGGAGCUGUCUAUCCAACCACAGUUGAACUCCAUUCUCAUUCCUCCACAUGCUCGCUCGCAGACGACACCUGCCUCGCACGAGGGCAGCGGUUCAGACGGUCCAGCCCAGUCCAGCUCCGCACCAGGACCCCUGAGCAACAACACCUAAUUGUUCCCUUGGCAUUACUGCGACGUUAUCACCCCUCUCUCCACCAUCCCUUCUUUCUCAUUCCUCUCUCCUUCCCAACAGCAGCUCCAAACAGUCUCUCUUGCACAAAUCUCUUUCUCACACACGCACACUCCCGUCACCUCGUGUUACGUGUACUCACAUUCUCCAAUAAUGGAAGAAGUGUGUGUGAUGCCCAGAAUAACGACGUCACCGGAGGUCGAUUUAAAUUCGGUAUGAUUGAGCUGGUAAGGUUUUAACCCUGGGAGGGGUACGUUUUUGGGCACCUCUGCCCUCUAGUGGCAGGAAGAGCACCGCACAGUUACUGCUCUCUGCCAGCCAUCAAUUUUUAAAGCUAUCGAGCUCAUUUAAAUUAGAUUUCGCUCUUAAAAACGAUACCUUUUAGCCAAGUUCUUAAACAAAAGCAAGGUCUGUGAUGUGUUUUAUGAAGCAGCGAGUGUGAGAUGUCCGUGUUUGUGUGUUUUCUCUUCUCGCCGAGACGAAAAUGAGUGUCUUAAUAUGCGUGUAUGUAAGUUUUAAGUAAUCAUUGCACACUCUUUUGGGUUUUAAUGUCUUUUAAGGAGAAUAUUUAGGUGUUUGGAUACGCUGAGGUAGAAUGGGUGUAGAAACGUGCUCAUGCACACACACGCAUUAUAACGCAUAGGUCAAUCCCAUUAAUAGCUGUGUCUGUUUGAUUACAGUUGUGCAUUAUGAAGUCGACACCGGUGUGUGAGUGUUUGUAUACAUUGGUGUGGCCAUUAAAUGUGGAUUUAGCGGAUGCUCGUUCAAAACAAACAAACAAAACACACCAUGAACACAGCAAAUGAGACUCGAAAACGGAGCUGUUAGUCUUUCCCUUCCUCCAUCCUUCCUCUCUCUCUCUCAUUGCUAAUAUGUAAAUGCCAUGUACCUUUUAUUUUGUUAUUUUUGUUAUUGUUAUUCUGUUGUCCUUGUAAUUAGAUUUUCCUCCUAGUGGAGCAGUGCUGGCGUGAGCAGAAACCAGCCUUUCUCGGUCUCUCUCUCUCUCUCUCUCUUUGUCUCUCGCUCUCUUCUUUUCUUCUUCUCCUUUCCCUCCAUCAUACGACUGUAUAUAACAUUUCAUCCAGCCUCUCCCAGAAUCUGGGGAGGAAGACGAAACUGAACAAAAUUUUGUUUUUACCUGAUAUCUUUCAGUCUCUCUCUUUCUUUCUCUCUCUCUCGCUCUCUCUCUCUCCUCGCUCGCCCACCGGCCUGUCCUUCCCCUUCCUCAUCAGUGUUAAUUCUGAUCUUUUUAUUUAUUGUAUUGCUGUCUGUUAACAGUCUGAUGGGGGAGGGGUUUUGUGUGUGUGAUGUCAUUUGGUGUAACAUUCAUAUCUCAAACUCCGAUAGAAUGUUCUGGAAAGGGCAGGUCCACACUAUAUAUACCACACACAGGCUGCUCGGCCCAUCGGUCAAGAGAUGAACGGUUCACGGGAGAGAGAGGGAGACAUGAACUAUGUUUUUGUUUGUUGGUAUAAAUAAUAAACUCAUUAAUAAAGUUAU